AGUGCCCUGGAAGCAGUGCAACUUUCAGCAAUCCCGGUAAAAAGAACUGCGGCCGCCUCGGACGAGCUUUGUUCUUUUGAGGUUUCAUGUUUGGGUUCAAGCUAGGAGCAGUGCAACAUGCCUUAACAAGAGCUUUCGGGAAAACAUUCUUGAGCAGCUCAGGCAAGGCAAGUUUUUCGCGCUCAUUCUGAGCCCGCCAUGCAGCACGUUUUCCAGGGCCCCAUGGGCCAAUCGGAAUGGACCUCGGCCAGUGCGAUCCUUCGCGCGCCCAAAAGGAUUGCCAAGGCUUCGGCCCAACGAGAGACAGAAAGCGGAACUCGGAAACCAGAUUGCUGACUUUACUUCGGAGGCCGUGGCUGUGCAUUUGAGAAGGGCAGACAACUUUGCGCUUCUGGAGCAGCCAGAGGACUUGGGAGCAGUCAAUGGGGGACCUUACCAUGGGACAAGACCCUGCAGCAUGUGGCAGUGGCCGGCUUUGAAUGCGGUUAAGCAGUCGGGCAACGUUCAAUGUGUGGCGUUUUACCAGUUUGAUUUCCAGGCGCAAGUUGCGAAACCCACGCGGUUGCUUUUGAGGACAGCCGGCCCUUUACAGGAUUUCAUGUGCACAGAAAUGCCAAAGUUUGACACAGCGGGAGUGUACUUAGGACCUUUGCCACGAAGACAUAUUCCCGCAAUGAAGCAGCGCGGCCACGGAGGUUUUGCAACAACAGGGUCUGAGCAGUGGCCUUCAGAGAUGUGCAAGUGGGUUGCGGAACAAGUCAUGACAUCAUGGAACAGUCGCUCGCAAAAGCUCGACGAGGGGGAGGUGACUGUUCACAGCCCAGUCGACCAAAAGGAGGUGAAGCAGCCCGGGGAGCAAACAACAGGGUCGAAGCAGCCGCAACAAGCCGCUGUUCCGGACACAAAUCAACAGCGCAUACGCCGUUGCAGGGCUCCGGGCAAUUUCAGACCUUAUCACGACGGGGCAGGCCUAUGCUCGCCAGGCAGAUGUGACUUGGCUGACAGGCGCUGGGCGGACAUCCCACCUUUGCGUGAUGAACUUGAGGGGUGUGUUUAUCGAGCUGUGGGGGGCCGAGAGAACUUGGAGUUGGAGGCCUUCCAUAUGGCAAUUAAAGGGGAGGCUGGAUGCUGCUUGGUGCAGAACGAGGGGCUGAAGAGUGAAUUGCGGAACAUCGUUGUCAACUGGCUGAAACGGAGAGGUUCAGGGAGGUCGGACUUGGGCAGGUGUGCAGACGGUCAACCGUUCUUCCUGCCCCUCAUGAGUGAGUUGCUGCGCGAAGUGGGGGACCCGGACUGGAGUUUUCUGCUACAAGGCGAGGAGGGGUUUCCUGCUGGUAUAUUGCGCCCGCUUCCACGAACUCCGGCAGUGUAUGAGGAGCAGACAAGCUGGAAGUUGGACGAGGGAAUGUGGUAUCAAGCAACACAAUGGGCGGACAAUUACCAUUCGGUUGCAGAGCACGAGCAGUUUGUAAGGGAGUCUUUUGAUCAGGAGGUUGACGAGGGCCUCAUGGAAAAAUUGACGACGCAAGAGCUGCGCGAGAGAUACGGGAACAACGUGGCGGUGGCCUCCCUGGCAGUUUUGGUGGAAGAUUCACAUGGCGCAAAGAAACGCAUCAUCCAUGAUGGGUCGAACCAUGUCUGCGUGAAUCAUAGGAUUAGAUGCAGAGAUAAACUGAGGUCACCGGGAGCCAGAGAGAAGCUUUACUUGCUUGACUACUACCGGUCAUCGGCCACUUGUUUAUUUUCUCUGGUGGGUGACAUCUCCAAGGCUCACAGACGAUUUAGAUACCACCCGUCAGAGCGGGGAAUGUUAGCCUGCAGGGUGUCGAGCGCGGACAACCACGUCUACAUCAACAAAGUGGGAACGUUCGGGAUAGGAUCCGCUGCAUACUGGUGGAGCCGAAUUUCAGGGCAGGUAUCCGGCUGGUGUUUCAACUCCUAGGAAAAGAGAAUCCGGCGGAGCUGCUCCUUUUCGCUGACGACUUGGAAGGGCUUGGACCAGGGAAGCUGGGGCGAGGUGCAGUGGUAUUGGCUUUUCUUUAUCUCUCGACCUUAGGUUUUCCUUUCAAAUGGUCAAAGCAGAGGGGUGGGCUGGAGGUGGAGUGGAUUGGACUCUUCACCGACUACCGGAAGUACAAGCUUGGACUCUCACAGCGUAGAGCGAAGUGGCUUGCGGCCUGGACCGACGAACUGGCUGAGAAGGGGGUGGUGGCCCCCAGGAUAUUGCAACAGGGGCUGGGUCGUCUUGGGUUUGCGGCGACUGCGCUUUUCUGGGAACGGCCAUUCUUGGGCCCGCUGUAUCAAUGGGUUGCAGCCACGCGGGACGAAAAUAAGAAGAUGCGCAUUCCAUUCAUGUUGCGCUGCAUUCUUGGCUGGAUAGCGGAGAAGCUCAAGACAGGCCACAAUCUGCAGGAACCUCUGCCGAGGCAUCAAGAUCGGGAACGCCAGAUAACUUUCUACACUGAUGCGAAGGCGACGGAAGACAAAGCUUAGCUGGGAGAAAAGGGGCCAUGGUUCUCACUGGAAGUAUCAGAAUCUUGGGCACCUUGGGCUUUUCUGAAGGGCGAUCCCAAAAGGUGUAUCGCGGCUUUGGAACUCCUGGCGACGCUAGUGGCCGUCAAGCUCUGGGUCCCGGAGACGCAGGAAAAUUGGCAGGGCUCCUGCCAGGUGCGUGGCUACACUGAUAAUCUAAGCAACUCCUACGUUGUGGUCAAAAGAAUGUCCACCAAGUUUCCUAGCACCCUGAUUUUGAUGGAGCUCUCAAAGGAGCUGGCCUCCCGGAAGUGUGAGUUGUGCUUGACUUGGAUCAGCAGGGACUUGAAUGGUGAUGCGGACGCACUCACGAAUGAGGAUUUUUCCGGGCUCAAGGAGGACCAGCGCGUGCAGCUGGUUGGAGCAACUCAAGUGGAAGGUUCUAGACGUGCUGAUGGAACAAUCUGAGAAGUACCUGAAGAGCCUCAAAUCCUUGAAGGGGAGACAUGGGAAGAUCACAGGUAUUUGGAAGAGGGGCAAGAAGAGGUUGCCAGUUUGGUGAGAACACGCUUAGGCCGCCAGAAGACAGGUUGGGGACAGCUCGGCGUUGCAUGGGGGAUGCUUUUGAAGAAAGAGGGAAGGAUUCAUAUGUGGGGCUCGCUGCCCAACGGUGUAAGACUUCCUUGCUGGAAGCCGGUUCUCUCUUUCGAUUUGAACAUUUGUAAAGGCUCCCCGGCUGGGUAUCCUCCACUCUGUAUUCUGGAAUAGGCCAAGCAG